AUGGAAUCGACAGUGCUGAACCUGUACAACCAGUUCCAGAAUCUGCGUGCACACUCCGAUAUUCUCAGUGAGGGCAUCGAACCACGUAAGUGACCAGUGGCGCAUGCUUUUGGUGAAAGGUUGAAUCCGUGCCCAUGCCAUUGCAUAUCAGGGAUGGCAAGUUUUCAGCAGACCAGAAACUCACUGGCUGGCAGGUUGUUGCUGGUUGAAAUCCCAGGUGUAAUGACAUUGAAAGAUUAACUAACAACUGGAGGUUUGCAGGAGUGAGAAUUCCAGGUGCCCUUGCACAAGACACUUGAUGACCCCAAAAUUGAAAGGGGGUGGUGGUAGGUUUGAAAAAAGUUAAAUAAUCUAAAAUGGAUAACAAAAGUACUUAUUGCUCAUUCACUUAGGCAAGGCGGGACCCUUGCCCAUCUCUGUUGCCACCUGCCUGAAAGAAUGUUGGCAUCAAUGCCCCCCCCCCUUCACCCCUCACCUGAAAAACCAUAGGGGAGAUUGACUUCAAAAGAGUAAACUAGUCUGAAUGAGAUGAAAGCAGAUCUUCAACCAAUAACCAUCCCCUUGGCCUUACUUCUUUGUUCAGAGUUCAUACAGAUGGCUCUGAACUUUGAGGACUGCAGGCGGAAGUGGCUGCAGCGGGAGGAGGAACUGGGAGCCUGCAAGGAGGUGCUGACCAAAACAGAGAUGGAGAGGGGGGCUCUGGAGGUCAAGCUGAAGCACGCCCGCAACCAGGUGGAUGUGGAGAUCAGACGGCGCCAGCGGGCAGAGGCAGACUACGAGAAACUGGUAGGUAAACAGUUAUAGGACAGCUACAGUACAGGUCCCAGGUGAUUCUACAUCAUAAUUCUACAUGUUGUGGUGGCUUCUAUUGCGUAAUGCAUCUCAUUUGUGAUGAUUAUUGUCAAAAAGAGGACAAAGUUUGAAGACGCUUAUGGUUAGAUUAAUUACUUACUAGUUAUGAGUUGAUAAGAAAUUCACAAAAUCACACUGUUUGGUAGGCUAUAACAUUGUGGGGUAAUUUCCUGAUCUCUGUGUGUGUGUGUGUAGGAGCGUCAAAUCCAGCUAAUCCGGGAUAUGCUGGUGGCGGAGAGCUCCAGCAGCAGCCUCCACCUGAGUGAGGAGCAGCGCUCUGCCCUGGCCUUCCUCAACGCCCACUCCCAGGCCGCGCUGGCUGCCAAGAACAACCUCAACACCAGCCACAGGUGCUGUACAGUCCUUUAUUAGGCCCUCAUCAUCCAUGUCUGGCCUGCGUUCAUUACAAUGAACAAAAAUAAAUGUAUCUUUUAGGACAGAAUUAGAUAUGCCUACCCUGUUUCGUCCCGUUUGAUUCAGUUUCGUGUUUCGUGAAUAUGACCCAGAUUGUUCAGAUUCAGAACAGUGAUUGCAACCAAGCCUCCUGUCAUGUCUUUCAGGUUAACCACCAUAGAUGAAUCUGCUUCCCUGUUGUCAGACAUUAGCUAUGACAAAACUGAUGAUUCUCUGGUAAGUAUUGCAUUUUACAUUUUCACCUUGUCCACAAGGGGACAUUUGUCUUGGACAUUGUAGUGGCACCAUCACAAAAAUACAUGAAUACAAUAUGCCAAAAUAGAAAAAGUGUCAAAUAGAUAUAGCCACACUAAUACUACCUAUAUAAACAUGAACUAUGGGGUUGUCAUCACUCUAUAUUUCCUGUAGGAUUGUGACUCUUCUGUGAUGAGGACAGUGCGACUGAGAAAACUCCAGAAAAGGGUGAGUGGAGAGUUACUGUUUAGUUUAUAGCCUGACAGAUCCUCAAUGGAAGUGUACGUACAUUUUUUUGUUGUUGUCAUUUUAUAUCUAAAGGAUCUGUAGUGAAGGAUAGGGUGGGAAUGUAGUUCUACAAUGCUCAGUCAUUUGGAAGUAUUGUUAACUCAGUCAUUCCUAUUUGUUUCCACAGCGUUCCUCCAGAAUCCUUGCUGAGCCUCCCCAGCAGGUGCUGAAGAAACCCCGCUCCACUGGCCGCACUUCAGAGAGGGUACUACUCAAUGCAUUGCCUGACCACUCACCCUGAAUUUAAUUCCUCUGCUCUAUUGAUCGCUACAUACAUGAAACUGCCAUCCUAGAAGUUGUUUGUGUGACUUCAAAAUGAGGGGCAUUGUACAAAACAAAUUAAUCAGCAAUUGGAUCUUCUCUAACCAAUCAGAGUAUCGAAGUUGAUAACGUCAUCAUGUAGGCUGGCUCCGACCCAACGAAUUGGUUUCUAGGACCAAUCAGAACAGUCAGAAUGUGUUUGCAUUCUAGAAAUCGUACGGGAGAGAGGGAAAUCCCAACUAAUUGUAGAGAAGAAAGGUCUGUUUGGCUGGAGCGGUGUGGAUGGGUAGCCAGGCUUCUGAAACUAACUCCAAUGUAGCUAAUACUACAGAAAAACUUGGAGUGUAAAAAUUUCUAACCGUAGUUUCACUUGAUUUGAAUAGCACUCGGCACACUGGUAUUCAAUGUGUUGAAUUUCUGUCAAAAUACCAAUUUCCGGUCUGCGUCAUGAAAAGUUGCGUGCUCAGUUUGGCACAAGAAAGAGGCUUGUUUACAUUUAAGUAAAUUUGACAACAUCCAACUUCAGAUGUAGCACAUGCAAGUUAACAAAAGUAAUCAGAUGGUUAUGGUCUACAACAUUGCAGAUGUCAGAGGAUUGAUUACCUAGUAAGCCAAGCUAGGCAAGGUAGAGCUAGAUAAAGCCAGAAGAAUAAUAUACUUGUUGAACAUACAGUAGCUACAGCCAUCUUGUGUUUUCAUGGUCAUCACUCACUCACUGCUAAGUUUGUCAAGGUACCAACAUCAGUGUAAAGCUAUUCUGCUACAGGGCUUUUUGAUGUUAGCAUGCGCACGCAUCACUCAAAUGUUUGCGUGUAAAUAAAACAUGCUCUGUAGACCAUCAGUUGCUUCAAAUUGUAAAAAAAAUAAAUGCUUCUGUGUUUUGCUUUCUCCUUUUAAACUAUUAUUUCAUGUGACUCUUAAGUUAUAUAUGCAUUAUUACAGGUGAACGAGUCCAUAGUGACCAAGACCACCAUCACAGUGCCCGUCAACGGAGGUCCGGUAGAGGCUGUGUCCACCAUCGAGACAGUGCCUGGCUUCUGGACCGGCAGCAGGAGGAGGACCGGUGAGACGGCACUAGCAAGCCUACAGUACCUUAUUCUUGACAGCCAUGUUCAGAUGCGCACAAUGUAUCAACAUUUUCAAUUUGAAGAAAAUGAAAUAAAAAAACAGUUUGAGGGGUAAAAACUCGACGUUCUCUUGUUUUCCCAGCUGCUCAGGGCUGGGACUCUACUUCUAUUGACCAAUCAGAGACAGCUAGCGAGGCUCUCAACACCCCAUGCAGUGAGGCUCCGCCCCCAACCAAAACAUCCAGAGUCAAAAUGGGGGCCCGAAAGCACGAGUUCCUUGCCAAAACAGUACACGUUCUGUUAUUACUUUUAUCUGUAAUACACUUUUGUCUGUAAUACACUUUUUUUGUUCGGUGGGAAUCUAAUUAGCAUUUUUUAAAAUCCCCAUCAAAAUCCAUCAGUUUAAGCUAGAGAUAUCUAUUUUUAUUCAUUGGAUGCGUCUCAAUCCACCACAUCCGCCUAUGUCGCACUUCCGCAUCAGGUGACAGAGCUAGAGCAGUGUUUGUCAGACCAUGAGACAUCCUGAAAAUCGGUCUUCUCAUGAAAAUGUCUGUGGCGUCUGAAAGGUUCGGCCUACAAACUACUAUGACCCCUCUAUGGAAAGAUGAGACUCUCACGGACACAUACAUGUUGGUUUGCUCUAGGACGCAAUACCCCAUAAUGACGAAGCGAAAACAGGUUUUUAGAAAUGUUUGCAAAUGUAUUAAAAAUAAAAAACAGAAAUACCUUAUUUUCGUAAGUAUUCAGACCCUUUACUAUGAGACUCGAAAUUGAGCUCAGGUACAUCCUGUUUACAUUGAUCAUCCUUGAUGUUUCUACAACUUCAUUGGAGUCCCCUGUGAUAAAUUCAAUUGAUUGGACAUGAUUUGGAAAGGCACACACCUGUCUAUAUAAGGUCCCACAGUUGACAGUGCAUGUCAGAGCAAAAACCAAGCCAUGAGGUCGAAAUAAUUGUCUGUAGAGCUCUGACAGGAUUGUGUCGAGGCACAGAUCUGGGGAAAGACACCAAAACAUUUCUGCAGCAUUGAAGUUCCCCAAGAACACAGUGGCCUCCAUCAUUCUUAAAUGGAAAAAGUCUGGAACCACCAAGACUCUUCCUAGAGCUGGCCGCCCUGGCAAAACUGAGCAUUUGGGGGAGAAGGGCCUUGGUCAGGGAGGUGACCAAGAACCUCAUGGUCACUCUGAAGUAGCUCCAGAGUUCCUCUGUGGAGAUGGGAGAACCUUCCAGAAGGACAACUAUCUCUGCAGCACUCCACCAAUCAGGCCUUUAUGGUAGAGUGGCCAGACGGAAGCCACUCCUCCGUAAAAGGCACAUGACAGCCCGCUUGGAGUUUGCCAAAGGCACCUAAAGACUCACAGACCAUGAGAAACAAGAUUCUCUUUUCUGAUGAAACCAAGAUUGAACUCUUUGGCCUGAAUGCCAAGUGUCACGUCUGGAAGAAACCUGGCACCAUCCCUACAGUGAAGCAUGGUGAUGGCAGCAUCAUGCUGUCGGGAUGUUUUUCAGCGGCAGGGACUGGGAGACUAGUUAGGAUCUAGGGAAAGAUGAACGGAGCAAAGUACAGAGAGAUCCUUGAUGAAAACUUGCUCCGGAGCGCUCAGGACCUCAGACUGUGGCAAAGGUUUACCUUCCAACAGGACAACGACCCAAAGCACACAGCCAAGACAAUGCAGGAGUGGCUCUGAAUGUCCUUGAGUGGCCUAGCCAGAGCCCGGACUUGAACCUGAUCGAACAUCUCUGGAGAGACCUGAAAAUAGCUGUGCGGCGACGCUCUCCAUCCAAUCUGACAGAGCUUGAGAGGAUCUGCAGAGAAGAAUGGGAGAAACUCCCCAAAUAUAGGUGUGCCAAGCUUGUAGCGUCAUACCCAAGAAGAUUUAAGGCUGUAAUCGCUGCCAAAGGUGCUCCAACAAAGUACUGAGUAAAGGGUCUAAAUACUAAUGUAAAUGUGAUAUUUCAUCUUUUUAUUUUUAAUAACUUUGCUAAAAUGUAUAAACCUGUUUUUUCUUUGUCAUUAUGGGGUUUUGUGUGUAGAUUGAUGAGGGGAAAAAACAAUAAUCUACAGUUGAAGUCGGAAGUUUACAUACACCUUAGCCAAAUACAUUUAAACUCAGUUUUUCACAAUUCCUGACAUUUAAUCCUAGUAAAAAUUCCCAGUCUUAGGUCAGUUAGGAUCACCACUUUAUUUUAAGAAUGUGAAAUGUCAGAAUAAUAGUAGAGUGAUUUAUUUCAGCUUUUAUUUCUUUCAUCACAUUCCCAGUGGGUCAGAAGUUUACAUACACUCAAUUCGUAUUUGGUAGCAUUGCCUUUAAAUUGUGUAACUUGGGUCAAACGUUUCGGGUAGCCUUCCAAAAGCUUCCCACAAUAAGUUGGGUGAAUUUUGGCCCAUUCCUCCUGACAGAGCUGGUGUAACUGAGUCAGGUUUGUAGGCCUCCUUGCUCGCACACGCUUUUUCAGUUCUGCCCACAAAUGUUCUAUAGGCUUGAGGUCAGGGCUUUGUGAUGGCCACUCCAAUACCUUGACUUUGUUGUCCUUAAGCCAUUUUGACACAACUUUGGAAGUAUGCUUGAGGUCAUUGUCCAUUUGGAAGACUCAUUUGCGACCAAGCUUUAACUUCCUGACUGAUGUCUUGAGAUGUUGCUUCAACAUAUCCACAUAAUUUUCCUUCCUCAUGAUGCCAUCUACUAGUGCACUAGUCCCUCCUGCAGCAAAACACCCCCACAACAUGAUGCUGCCACCCCCGUGCUUCACGGUUGGGAUGGUGUUCUUCGGCUUGCAAGCCAAGCCCUUUUUCCUCCAAACAUAACGAUGGUCAUUAUGGCCAAACAGUUCUAUUUUUGUUUCAUCAGACCAGAGGACAUUUCUCCAAUAGGUACGAUCUUUGUCCCCAUGUGCAGUUACAAACUGUAGUCAGGCUUUUUUAUGGUAGUUUUGGAGCAGUGGCUUCUUCCUUGCUGAGCGGCCUUUCAGGUUAUGUCAAUUUGUAAGUCGCUAUGUAUAAGAGCGUCUGCUAAAUGACGUAAAUGUAAAUGUAAUGUCGAUAUACAGUGAGUGGAAAAAAGUAUUUGAUCCCCUGCUGAUUUUGUACGUUUGCCCACUGACAAAGACAUGAUCAGUCUAUAAUUGUAAUGGUAGAAUUAUUUGAACAGUGAGAGACAUAAUAACAACAAAAAAAUCCAGAAAAACGCAUGUCAAAAAUGUUAUCAAUUGAUUUGCAUUUUAAUGAGGGAAAUAAGUAUUUGACCUCUGCAAAACAUGACUUAGUACUUGGUGGCAAAACCCUUGUUGGCAAUCACAGAGGUCAGACGUUUCUUGUAGUUGGCCACCAGGUUUGCACACAUCUCAGGAGGGAUUUUGUUCCACUCCUCUUUGCAGAUCUUCUCCAAGUCAUUAAGGUUUCGAGGCUGACGUUUGGCAACUCGAACCUUCAGCUCCCUCCACAUAUUUUCUAUGGGAUUAAGGUCUGGAGACUGGCUAGGCCACUCCAGGACCUUAAUGUGCUUCUUCUUGAGCCACUCCUUUGUUGCCUUGGCCGUGUGUUUUGGGUCAUUGUCAUGCUGGAAUACCCAUCCAUGACCCAUUUUCAAUGCCCUGGCUGAGGGAAGGAGGUUCUCACCCAAGAUUUGACGGUACAUGGCCCUGUCCAUCGUCCCUUUGAUGCGGUGAAGUUGUCCUGUCCCCUUAGCAGAAAAACAUCCCCAAAGCAUAAUGUUUCCACCUCCAUGUUUGACGGUGGUGAUGGUGUUCUCUGGGUCAUAGGCAGCAUUCCUCCUCCUCCAAACACGGCAAGUUGAGUUGAUGGCAAAGAAAUCGAUUUUGGUCUCAUCUGACCACAACACUUUCACCCAGUUCUCCUCUGAAUCAUUCAGAUGUUCAUUGGCAAACUUCAGACGGGCCUGUAUAUGUGCUUUCUUGAGCAGGGGGACCUUGAGGGCGCUGCAGGAUUUCAGUCCUUCACGGUGUAGUGUGUUACCAAUUGUUUUCUUGGUGACUAUGGUCCCAGCUGCCUUGAGAUCAUUGACAAGAUCCUCCCGUGUAGUUCUGGGCUGAUUCCUCACCGUUCUCAUGAUCAUUGCAACUCCACGAGGUGAGAUCUUGCAUGGAGCCCCACGCCGAGGGAGAUUGACAGUUAUUUUGUGUUUCUUCCAUUUGUGAAUAAUCGCACCAAAUGUUGUCACCUUCUCACCAAGCUGCUUGGCGAUGGUCUUGUAGCCCAUUCCAGCCUUGUGUAGGUCUACAAUCUUGUCCCUGACAUCCUUGGAGAGCUCUUUGGUCUUGGCCAUGGUGGAGAGUUUGGAAUCUGAUUGAUUGAUUGCUUCUGUGGACAGGUGUCUUUUAUACAGGUAACAAACUGAGAUUAGGAGCACUCCCUUUAAGAGUUUGCUCCUAAUCUCAGCUCGUUACCUGUAUAAAAGACACCUGGGAGCCAGAAAUCUUUCUGAUUGAGAGGGGGUCAAAUACUUAUUUCCCUCAUUAAAAUGCAAAUCAAUGUAUAACAUUUUUGACAUGCGUUUUUCGGGAUUUUUUUGUUGUUAUUCUGUCUCUGACUGUUCAAAUAAACCUACCAUUAAAAUUAUAGACUGAUCAUUUCUUUGUCAGUGGGCAAACGUACAAAAUCAGCAGGGGAUCAAAUACUUUUUUCCCUCACUGUAGGACUUGUUUUACUGUGGCUAUAUAUACUUUUGUACCUGUUUCCUCCAGCAUCUUCACAAGGUCCUUUGCUGUUGUUCUGGGAUUGAUUUGCACUUUUCACACCAAAGUACGUUCAUCUCUAGGAGACAGAACGCGUCUCCUUCCUGAGCGGUAUGACGGCUGCGUGGUCCCAUGGUGUUUAUACUUGCGUACUAUUGUUUGUACAGAUGAACGUGGUACCUUCAGGCGUUUGGAAAUUGCUCCCAAGGAUGAACCAGACUUGUGGAGGUCUACAAUUUCUUUUCUGAGGUCUUGGCUGAUUUAUUUUGAUUUUCCCAUGAUGUCUAGCAAAGAGGCACUGAGUUUGAAGUUAGGCCUUGAAAUACAUCCACAGGUCUACCUCCAAUUGACUCAAAUUAUGUCAAUUAGCCUAUCAGAAGCUUCUAAAGCAAUGACAUUAUUUUCUGGAAUUUUCCAAGCUGUUUAAAGGCACAGUCAACUUAGUGUAUGUAAACCUCUGACCCACUGGAAUUGUAAUACAGGGAAAUAAUUGUUGGAAAAGUUACUUGUGUCAUGCACAAAGUAGAUGUCCUAACCGACUUGCCAAAACUAGUUUGUUAACAAGAAAUGUGUGGAGUGGUUGAUAAACAAGUUUUAAUGUCUCCAACCUACAGUUGACGUCGGAAGUUUGUUUGGAGGAAAAAUGGGGGUUGCUUGCAAGUGGAAGAACACCAUCCCAGCCGUGAAGCACGGGGGCGGCAGCAUCAUGCUGUGGGGGUGCUUUGCUGCAGGAGGGACUGGUGCACUUCACAAAAUAGAUGGCAUCAUGAGGAAGGAAAAUUAUGUGGAUAUAUUGAAGCAACAUCUCAAGACAUCAGUCAGGAUGUUAAAGCUUGGUCGCAAAUGGGUCUUCCAAAUGGACAAUGACCCCAAGCAUACUUUCAAAGUUGUGUCAAAAUGGCUUAAGGACAACAAAGUCAAGGUAUUGGAGUGGCCAUCACAAAGCCCUGACCUCAAUCCUAUAGAACAUUUGUGGGCAGAACUGGAAAAGUGUGUGUGUGCGAGCAAGGAGGCCUACAAACCUGACUCAGUUACACCAGCUCUGUCAGGAGGAACGGGCCAAAAGUCACCCAACUUAUUGUGGGAAGCUUGUGGAAGGCUACCCGAAACGUUUGACCCAAGUUAAACAAUUUAAAGGCAAUGCUACCAAAUACUAAUUGAGUGUAUGUAAACUUCUGACCCACUGGGAAUGUGAUGAAAGAAAUAAAAGCUGAAAGAAAUCAUUCUCUCUACUAUUAUUCUGACAUUUCACAUUCUUAAAAUAAAGUGGUGAUCCUAAUUGACCUAAGACAGGGAAGUUUUACUAGGAUUUAAUGUCAGGAAUUGUGAAAAACUGAGUUUAAAUGUAUUUGGCUAAGGUGUAUGUAAACUUCCGACUUCAACUGUAUUUUAGAAUUAGGCUGUAACGUUACAAAAUGUGGAAAAAGUCAAUUGGUCUGAAUACUUUCCGAAUGCACUGUCCAGUUCCCUCUUCUACCCUCUGUCUGUCCCGUCUCACUAACCUCUGUCUGUCCCGUCCCUUCUCCUUACACAGGUGAUCAGGUCAGAGUUCUGCGUGCCGUGUGGAAGGAAGACCAAGUUCGGGAAGCUCUACCUGAGGUGCCAGGACUGCAGGCUGGUGGCUCACCCAGAGUGCCGCGACCGCUGCCCCCUGCCAUGUAACCCUAUCUCUACAGACACCACCCCCAUCAGGACCAGAGAGGUAUUACACCUGCAGAGUUAGUUAUACAUUCUUAGAUUGACAACACUUCAUAUUUGCAAUGCUUAUACUGCAGUAAUUAAGACUAAUGAUUUUGUAUUUAUGAUUCAGGGUCCUGGGUAUUGUUAGACGUAUUCUGACUGAUUUGUAUCGGUACCAUCUGUGUUUUGAAUGCCUUCUCCAAACGUCCCAUGUCAUGAGUGUGUAUCUUGUGUUGCAGCCAAGCACCCUUGCAGACUACGCUCCCUCCUCCUCUCCCAUGAUCCCUGCCCUGGUGGUCCACUGUGUCAAGGAGAUCGAGCACAGGGGUUUACAUGAGGUGAGCAGCCUCAAAAGUUGCCAUUUUAGCACUUACAAAAUUCAAUUUUAAGCAAAUAAUCUUUACGCAUAUCAGCACUCUUUACAAAUGUUUUGUUUUUACCUUGAUCAUUCCUGUUGAACUGAUGUCAUCACUCUUCAUCCAGACUGCCAGUUAAUAUUCCAUCCCAUUCUUUAUUUUUCUCUCACUCCCUGUCAGACGGGUCUGUACCGCGUGUCAGGCGAGGGGCGCACAGUGAAGGAGCUGAAGGAGAGAUUCCUGCGGGGGAGGACGGUGCCUGCCUUGGCCAAGGUGGAGGACAUCCACUGUGUCACAGGCCUCCUCAAGGACUUCCUGAGAAACCUCCCGGAGCCCCUCCUCACCUUCCGCCUCAACCGCGACUUCAUGGAGGCUGCAGGUCUGUCUUCAGCUGUUGGCUGUCUUUUAAGGGGUUUAAUAAAUGUAAAACUUAGAAGUUAUUUUGGUUAUGUUAGUCAAGUGCAGUCAUUUAACUCUGAUAUGCAAAUCGAGAGCUUGGGACUAUAAGGGUCUAUCUACAUUCUUGGCAGAAUUGAGUUAUUGAGACUUGUUCUGUUCAAUGUUCUCUACCUAUAUAGUACUCUAAAUACAGCCAAUUCAAUAAAACAUGCUGACACCAUUCAAACCAAUGAGGGUUUGAAAUAUUAAAGCCAAUUAUCUCUGAUUCAUCUUUUUGCAGAUAGAAAGAACCUUCUCUUACCAAGCACUCAAAAUGAAAAUGUAAUAUUGGACAGAUUGGUUUCUUCACCUUGUAAGUUGUCUAUGGAGCUCUUCUUAUAUCACUUCUCUUGCCUUGCACACAGAAAUCCAGGAAGAUGGCAGUAGCCUGAAGAUGAUCUACCAGACCAUCAGUGAGCUGCCCCAACCCAACAGAGACACUCUGGCCUAUCUGGCCAUCCACCUGCAGAGGUAUAGCAGAGCUUCAAACUACCUCAUGGUUACUCCAUCAAGCCACCAUUUAACAUUUACAUUUACAUUUAAGUCAUUUAGCAUUUAAGGCACAAUCUGUAACUUGCAAAACCAGUCAAAAGUGGUGCCCCUGCCUGCACGUGUUUGUAAACUGUAGUGGUGGAUGUUGAUAUUCUGUGGUAACCGCCCCCCAUAAUCAAAGACUAGUUUAAAAUCAAGUCCUGAUUUCACAAGGCACUGCAGGAGCUUGAAUCUGACUUGAAUUUCUGAAAUGGUUGACGAUGUUCUUUCAGGGUGGCCCAGUGUGUACUAGACACCAAGAUGGAUAUCACCAAUCUGGCCAGAGUUUUUGGACCCACCCUGGUGGGCCAUGCCGUCCCAGACCCAGACCCCAUGACCAUCCUGCACGACACCAACAGACAACCACGGGUAUGUAGGGAUCUAUACAAAUGUAUUUAGACAUGCAUAUGUAAAAGAUGUACACAGACCCUAAGCUGAAUUUAAGUUAUUUCUAUAUUAUGUGGACAUUUUAUUUAUCAGCUGUCUAGUUUAACAGAAUAUUCUUAUUACAUUAUAUUACUGUACCCAAUAACAAUGGUUCUCUCCACACAGCUGAAAGUACUGUUAUCUCUACACAAGGCUAUUCUUAAGUGGUGAUAACAGUUCUGAGAGAUUCGUAUUGAUGUAAACAGGUGAUGGAGCGCUUGUUGGACCUUCCUUACGAGUACUGGAGACCGUUCACAGUGGAGCAGCACACCCAUCCAGACAAUGCUAACUGCUACAACACUCCAGACCACAAAGGUAAGCAGCAUUGAGAACCAGUCUCUCCUGUCCUAUAGACAUACAGUAGUGUCAAAAUUAUUUUCGCAAUAUUCGCCAGUUUGAAAUAAUAAUUUUCUCCUAAAUGUGUUAAUUCUCUCACCACACAGUGAGCAUGCUGGGGCCAGUGACCACUCCAGAACACCAGAUGACUAAAACGCCCUCCUCCAGCUCCCUGUCCCAGCGCAUGAAACAGACAUUCUCUAGCACCACCAUGUAAGCAGCACACUCUAACCAUAGGGCUCUUCCCCCUCAGAUCUUAAUGCACAUCUCAAAUGGGUCUAAUGUGUUUAGCGCUGGCCCCGACAAAAAAAAUAAUAAUUGUCGACUGAGAGUUGUCUGUUCUUUCGACCAAUCGAUUGGUCGACAUAUUUAAACUUGUAUUUUUCCAUAUAUGAACAAAUCCAAUGCGUUUUAAUCAAAACAACUAUAUGCGCUGAGCUUGUCUGAUGCUUUAAGCGCACUGUUUGAUUAAAUAGUUAUUUAUUUAUUUUAUUUUUAUUUCACCUUUAUUUAACCAGGUAAACCAGUUGAGAACAAGUUCUCAUUUACAACUGCGACCUGGCCAAGAUAAAGCAAAGCAGUGCGAUUAAAAACAACAACACAGAGUUACAUAUGGGGUAAAACAAAACAAAGUCAAAAAUACAACAGAAAUACAUAUAUAUACAGUGUGUGCAAAUGUAGCAAGUUAUGGAGGUAAGGCAAUAAAUAGGCUAUAGUGCAAAAUAAUUACAAUUAGUAUUAACACUGGAAUGAUAGAUGUGCAAGAGAUGAUGUGCAAAUAGAGAUACUGGGGUACAAAUGAGCAAAAUAAAUAACAAUAUAGGGAUGAGGUAGUUGGGCGGGCUAAUUUCAGAUGGGCUGUGUACAGGUGCAGUGAUCGGUAAGGUGCUCUGACAACUGAUGCUUAAAGUUAGUGAGGGAGAUAAGUGUCUCCAGCUUCAGAUAUUUUUGCAAUUUGUUCCAGUCAUUGGCAGCAGAGAACUGGAAGGAAUUGCGGCCAAAGGAUGUGUUUGCUUUGGGGAUGACCAGUGAGAUAUACCUGCUGGAGCGCAGACUACAGGUGGGUGUUGCUAUGGUGACCAAUGAGCUAAGAUAAGGCGGGGAUUUGCCUAGCAGUGAUUUAUAGAUGGCCUGGAGCCAGUGGGUUUGGCGACGAAUAUGUAGUGAGGACCAGCCAACAAGAGCGUACAGGUCACAGUGGUGGGUAUUAUAUGGGGCUUUGGAGACAAAACGGAUGGCACUGUGAUAGACUACAUCCAAUUUGCUGAGUAGAGUGUUGGAGGCUAUUUUGUAAAUGACAUCGCCGAAGUCAAGGAUCGGUAGGAUAGUCAGUUUUACGAGGGCAUGUUUGGCAGCAUGAGUGAAGGAGGCUUUGUUGCGAAAUAGGAAACCGAUUCUAGAUUUAACUUUGGAUUGGAGAUUCUUAAUGUGAGUCUGGAAGGAGAGUUUACAGUCUAACCAGACACCUAGAUAUUUGUAGUUGUCCACAUACUCUAGGUCAGACCCGUCGAGAGUAGUGAUUCUAGUCGGCUGGGCGGGUGCAAGCAGCGUUCGGUUGAAGAGCAUGCAUUUAGUUUUACUAGUGUUUAAGAGCAGUUGGAGGCUACUGAAGGAGUGUUGUAUGGCAUUGAAGCUCGUUUUGGAGGUUUGUUAACACAGUGUCCAAUGAAGGGCCAGAUGUAUACAAAAUGGUGUCGUCUGCGUAGAGGUGGAUCUGAGAGUCACCAGCAGCAAGAGCGACGUCAUUGAUAUACACAGAGAAAAGAGUCGGCCCAAGAAUUGAACCCUGUGGCACCCCCAUAGAGACUGCCAUAGGUCCAGACAACAGGCCCUCAGAUUUGACACAUUGAACUCUAUCUGAGAAGUAGUUGGUGAACCAGGCGAGGCAGUCAUUUGAGAAACCAAGGCUAUUUAGUCUGCCAAUAAGAAUGCGGUGGUUGACAGAGUCGAAAGCCUUGGCCAGGUCAAUGAAAACGGCUGCACAGUACUGUCUAUUAUCGAUCGCGGUUAUAAUAUAGUUUAGGACCUUGAGCGUGGCUGAAGUGCACCCAUGACCAGUUCGGAAACCGGAUUGCAUAGCGGAGAAGGUACGGUGGGAUUCGAAAUGGUCGGUGAUCUGUUUGUUGACUUGGCUUUCAAAAACUUUUGAAAGGCAGGGCAGGAUGGAUAUGGGUCUGUAACAGUUUGGAUCUAGAGUGUCACCCCCUUUGAAGAGGGGGAUGACCGCGGCAGCUUUCCAAUCUCUGGGGAUCUCAGACGUUACGAAAGAGAGGUUGAACAGGCUAGUAAUAGGGGUUGCGACAAUUUCGGCGGCUAGUUUUAGAAAGAAAGGGUCCAGAUUGUCUAGCCCAGAUGAUUUGUAGGGGUCCAGAUUUUGCAGCUCUUUCAGAACAUCAGCUGUCUGGAUUUGUGUGAAGGAGAAGCGGGGGGGGCAUGGGCAAGUUGCAGCGGAGGGUGCAGAGCUGGUGGCCAGGGUAGUGGUAGCCAGGUGGAAAGCAUGGCCAGCCGUAGCAAAAUGCUUGUUGAAAUUCUCGAUUAUUGUAGAUUUAUCGGUGGUGAUAGUGUUUCCUAGCCUCAGUGCAGUGGGCAGCUGGGAGGAAGUGCUCUUAUUUUCCAUGGACUUUACAGUGUCCCAAAACUUUUUGGAGUUAGUGCUACAGGAUGCAAAUUUCUGUUUGAAAAAGUUAGCCUUUGCUUUCCUAACUGCUUGUGUAUAUUGGUUCCUAACUUCCCUGAAAAGUUGCAUAUCGCGGGGGCUAUUUGAUGCUAAUGCAGUACGCCACAGGAUGUUUUUGUGCUGGUCAAGGGCAGUCAAGUCUGAGGAGAACCAGGGGCUAUAUCUGUUCUUAGUUCUGUAUUUUUUGAAUGGGGCAUGUUUAUUUAAGAUUGAGAGGAAAUUACUUUUAAAGAACAACCAGGCAUCCUCUACUGACGGAAUGAGAUCUAUAUCCAUCCAGGAUACCUGGGCCAGGUCAAUUAGGAAGGCCUGCUCGCUGAAGUGUUUUUGGGAGCGUUUGACAGUGAUGAGGGGUGGUCGUUUGACCGCGGACCCGUUACGGACGCAGGCAAUAAGGCAGUGAUCGUUGAGAUCCUGGUUGAAGACAGCGGAGGUGUAUUUAGAGGGUAAGUUAGUCAGGAUGAUAUCUAUGAGGGUACCCAUGUUUACGGAUUUAGGGUUGUACCUGGUAGGUUCGUUGAUAAUUUGUGUGAGAUUGAGGGCAUCUAGUUUAGAUUGUAGGAUGGCCGGGGUGUUAAGCAUAUCCCAGUUAAGACACACAAAUGACUAGAGGGAGUCCGACCGCAAUUUGGUUUGAUUGUGCUGGACCGGGCUCAGACUUGCAGCGCUGUGUUUUAAAAAAAUGACAGCGAGUGACUGUGUGACUAGCACCCGUUGUCUCUCUCUCCUCCCUGCUGCAGCGACCACCACAGGACAUCAACAGUGUUGAUUGGUGAUAUCCAUUUUGGUGUCUAGUACACACUGGGCCACCCUGAAAGAACAUCGUCAACCAUUUCAGAGAUUCAAGUCAGAUUCAAAUUUUAUUUUAUUUAUUGCGCUGUCCGUGUUGCUGAUGCUUCAACAUAAUUACAGCCAUAUCUGACUGAAAAGUUCUGUUACCGAAAUCCCUCAUUUGUUUAGGAAAAACAUUCCCUAUUCCCUCAACCCUUGCUCUCCUUUACGUGACAAAUGUAUGUAUCGCAUGCACGUGACCAAUAGGGCCUGACCUAUAGCAUAUCAUAAUCACAUCAAUAAAUUGCUUAUAACAAACUCCGAACACCGUAACACGUGACAGCAAAAUGGAUGCAGAGGACGUGACAAAUAAACUCGAAACGGGGCAAUGUUUACUGGUUGAUCAAGAGGUAAAGGGGAAGUCAGAUGUGUGGAAUAAAUGUGACUAGUUGUGGAAAAUACUGGAGAUCAAGAAAAAUAAGGUAAGGAGCAAGCGCUGCGUGCAUAUUAUGUUUGCCAAACGGGUGCUGUAUAGAUUACAAUAUCAUUUUUCUGACCGUUUGGAACAAUGUAAACUACAUUAAAUAUAUUAUAAGCAUACCAGAGAGUCUGACGUUUUUUGUAAAGCCUUUAUUACAGCAAAGACAAACAGUCGCAUUAAUUCCGAAAUGGAACGGUUUAUUUAUUGUUUACGCUAAUUAUUCAAGUGCCGCUUUGUCAUUAAAUUUUUUUUAAAGUGUAAAGCUUUUAUUACAGCAUAAUAAAGAUUAAAAACAGCUGGAUUUGGGAAAUAGUUUAUCUGAUGUGGUUGCUGAGGCUUGGUGCUAAGGGAAUCAGUAGGCUAUUAAACAAACACUCAAACAGAAGCAGAAUCUGUCUUAUUUCUGUAGAUGUAUUGAUGAUCUAUAAAGCCAGGCCCAUUUAACAGUUAGACUAUUGAUUAUAGACCAAAUUAAGUUGGUUUCCUCUCUCCUCACUUUUCUUAGACAAUUAAGACACGGGCUGUUUUCUCCUCUCCUAACUCCGCUGCUGCCGCCGUCACAUUGUUCUCAACACAGAUAUGCUGGUUAACUUUGCUGUUAUAGACGUAGCAACAUGGUCUAGGAAAAGGCACUGAUGGCAAAAUAGAAAGUGCAUUUAUUGUUAUUAGUGUUGCACCAUUUGUUCUUAUGUAAGAUAACCAUAUACAGUGGGGGAAAAAAAGUAUUUAGUCAGCCACCAAUUGUGCAAGUUCUCCCACUUAAAAAGAUGAGAGAGGCCUGUAAUUUUCAUCAUAGGUACACGUCAACUAUGACAGACAAAAUGAGAAGAAAAAAAAUCCAGAAAAUCACAUUGUAGGAUUUUUAAUGAAUUUAUUUGCAAAUUAUGGUGGAAAAUAAGUAUUUGGUCAAUAACAAAAGUUUCUCAAUACUUUGUUAUAUACCCUUUGUUGGCAAUGACACAGGUCAAACGUUUUCUGUAAGUCUUCACAAGGUUUUCACACACUGUUGCUGGUAUUUUGGCCCAUUCCUCCAUGCAGAUCUCCUCUAGAACAGUGAUGUUUUGGGGCUGUCGCUGGGCAACACUGACUUUCAACUCCCUCCAAAGAUUUUCUAUGGGGUUGAGAUCUGGAGACUGGCUAGGCCACUCCAGGACCUUGAAAUGCUUCUUACGAAGCCACUCCUUUGUUGCCCGGGCGGUGUGUUUGGGAUCAUUGUCAUGCUGAAAGACCCAGCCACGUUUCAUCUUCAAUGCCAUUGCUGAUGGAAGGAGGUUUUCACUCAAAAUCUCACGAUACAUGGCCCCAUUCAUUCUUUCCUUUACACGGAUCAGUCGUCCUGGUCCCUUUGCAGAAAAACAGCCCCAAAGCAUGAUGUGUCCACCCCCAUGCUUCACAGUAGGUAUGGUGUUCUUUGGAUGCAACUCAGCAUUCUUUGUCCUCCAAACACGACGAGUUGAGUUUUUACCAAAAAGUUCUAUUUUGGUUUCAUCUGACCAUAUGACAUUCUCCCAAUCCUCUUCUGGAUCAUCUAAAUGCACUCUAGCAAACUUCAGACGGGCCUGGACAUGUACUGGCUUAAGCAGGGGGACACGUCUGGCACUGCAGGAUUUGAGUCCCUGGCGGCGUAGUGUGUUACUGAUGGUAGGCUUUGUUACUUUGGUCCCAGCUCUCUGCAGGUCAUUCACUAGGACCCCCCGUGUGGUUCUGGGAUUUUUGCUCACCGUUCUUGUGAUCAUUUUGACCCCAUGGGGUGAGACCUUGCGUGGAGCCCCAGAUCGAGGGAGAUUAUCAGUGUUCUUGUAUGUCUUCCAUUUCCUAAUAAUUGCUCCCACAGUUGAUUUCUUCAAACCAAGCUGCUUACCUAUUGCAUAUUCAGUCUUCCCAGCCUGGUGCAGGUCUACAAUGUUGUUUCUGGUGUCCUUUGACAGCUCUUUGGUCUUGGUCAUAGUGGAGUUUGGAGUGUGACUGUUUGAGGUUGUGGACAGGUGUCUUUUAUACUGAUAACAAGUUUAAACAGGUGCAUUAAUACAGGUAACGAGUGGAGGACAGAGAAGCCUCUUAAAGAAGAAGUUACAGGUCUGUGAGAGCCAGAAAUCUUGCUUGUUUGUAGGUGACCAAAUACUUAUUUUCCACCAUAAUUUGCAAAUAAAUUCAUUAAAAAUCCUACAAUGUGAUUUUCUGGAAUUUGUUUUCUUAAUUUGUCUGUCAUAGUUGACGUGUACCUAUGAUGAAAAUUACAGGCCUCUCUCAUCUUUUUAAGUGGGAGAACUUGCACAAUUGGUGGCUGACUAAAUACUUUUUUUCCCCACUGUACAAUUUCAGUAGCACAUGUCUUAGUGAUGGACUGUGCCAUCCCCACGGCCUCCACAAUGGAUUAGUCCUCUCAGACAGGCGCGAAUCAGGCAGGUGCCUUGUACACCAUUACUUUUUUUUCCUACUGCUCGACUAAGGAAAUCUCGGUCGACCAACAGCCUAUCGACCAAACAAUCGACCAGUCAAAUAAAUGGAGUCAGCCCUAAAUGUGUUUCUUGGGUGAUCAAUCUGUCUGAAUGUCUUUUUAAUAUUCUCGUUAGCUUGGAUUAUAUCUGUGCUUAAUUAGCUUAAUCUAUGGUUAAGUUUAAUGUUUUUUAUUCUUGUAUAUAUUUACAGAUUUGGAAGCAAGAGCAAGGCAUCCACUAGCUCAAGUCGCCAAGGAGGCUUCUUUGCCUCCCCUCAGCUGAAGUAGUGGUCAAACCACGGUAUUAUGGGAAAAAAUAACAUUAUUUGAAACUCUUAAAAAAAAAAAAAUUACC